CGUGCGUGCGUUUCUGCUGAACUUUCUCCGGCCUGAAUAUAAUGUUUAUCAUAAGCAAAGCCUCUCCGGUUGAAAACUCGACACGAGAACCUGGAUUCAAUAGAUACUAAAACUAUUGUUUUCACUCAUAUAUAACCUUUAACCUAGACUCAUCGAGACGAAAACAACUUCGUCAGCCAGCUCCGAACUGAACUUUUGAUACCGCUGACCAAAAACCCUUAACAACAGACUGGUUUAGUCAUACGGAAAACCUUUGAAGAAUAGAAGAAGAAAAAAAAAGUUGUCAGCUAAUCUCUUUUAUUGGGUGUUGUAGAACACCUACAGACACCCAGUCCACAGGGGUCAACAACAAUUACAAGAGUGAUUAAGAAUGGUGCCUACCCGAAAGAAUUGUGUUCUGCUGAAGAUGUUCACUCAGCCUAUUGUUGAUGUGAACCUAGCCGUUGUAUUGAUUUAAUCAUGUUCUUUAGUACCCUUUUCAAACAACAAGAAAAACUGUCUCGAGUCUGUAGAAAGCUUGGUCAUCCAGUGAGUUUAAAUACUCCAAGGUAUUGUGUUGACAGAACUGGUGUACGUUCGUAAGUUUGUCAAACUCGAAUAACGUGGCUCACAUGUCAAGCAUUCAAGUGAUGCUUGUAUAAACAACUCUAAACACAACAUUUCGAAGGAGCCACAGCGUUUGUAAUUAAGAACUGUGUGGCUCAGGUGAUUUACACGAAACAACCAGAUGCUGGCAGUUGGACUUACAAGCAGUACUCGAAAACAAAAUAAACGACAAAAACUAGCCUAAAUUUGCCUUCUUCUUACAGACUAAAGUCCAACAGCUUUUAAUUAGUUCAGUCGUAACGCUGAUGAAACUGUGCGUGUAAUUUGUAAUUUUACACGAUAAAAGACACGUAAUACAUAGAAACUGGCGAAUUAACAAUCUUGGUAAACCCAAAGAUUGAACUGCAACAAACUGUGGUCAUCUGAAACUUUCAUCAACAAGUCAAAAUUGGCACGUAAUAACAAUAUACUGUGGAGAUUAAAGUGUUGCCUUUUAUUAACAAAGUAAAUAUAUUAUAACCAAUACAGGAAUUUCAGUUCAAAGACUGUGACUGCCCUCUGCUGAAGCCUAUAUACAAACUCCAUGACUUCUGGACAAUUUCAUUUAUGGGUACAUUGGAAUUAGCCCAAGUUGCACAACCUAGAAGGAUGGUAUCAUAUCCAUUAACAGUUUGUACUUUUAUAAUGUUAGUAAAGGCUUCGGUAGCGUGCCCAAAUGCCUGUUUUUGUGAUGAAAAUUUCCUGUAUGUUCGUUGUAUGAGCGAUGGGAUAUGGCGAGUACCACUUGACAUACCAAAAACGGUGAUUCGGCUUGAGCUCCGGAAAUAUAUAAUUCCAUCCUUAACCUUUAGAAACCUAGAAGGCUUCGUACAAUUAAAAGACCUCAAACUACAGCAAACACAGAUCAAGACUAUUAAUAAUGAAACUUUUUUGAAUCUUCAUGCACUGGAACGUCUAGAUUUAAGUCAAAAUCUACUUUAUAUUUUAAAAAAGGGAACUUUUGAUGGUUUAUUAGCUUUGCGUUAUUUGGAUAUUUCAUCUAAUCUCCUUGUCUCUUUUGACGAGGCUUUUCGAAACCUGUCUUCUAUAGAAAAGCUGAACCUUGGCGACAACCGAAUUCCUCAACUUACAGUGAAGAGUUUAACAGGGCUACAGAACGUCCGAUAUUUGAACUUAGAACUAAAUAAUAUAUCUACAAUUCAAAUGGGAGCUUUCCAAUAUUUGAAAAAUUUGGUUCACUUAACUUUAAGCAACAAUCCCCUUAUUACCUUAACUCGUUUGGAUUUUUUUGGCUCUAGACUCCAAUAUAUUGAUAUUUCAAACAGUGGCAUACAACAUGUGCCCCAAAGCUUGACACGAUUUGUGAGAGACUUAAGGCUGGCUAAAAAUAAUAUAACCUACAUCAGAACAGGAGAUUUAGAAAGUUACCAAUAUCUUGGGCUUCUUGUCCUGGACGACAACAACAUAUCAGAAAUUGAAAAUGAUGCCUUGGGGAGGCUUGAGUUUUUGAACAGGCUUUGGUUAAAUGGUAAUAAAUUGAGGUCAAUCCCAAUGAACUUACCACCUUGUUUGCAAUCGCUUUACAUGGAAAAUAAUAGUCUGAAAGAACUUCCAUCUUUCAGUUUCCAAGGACUGAUCAAUUUGGAACACUUGUAUCUUCAGAAAAAUGUAAUUGAAUAUCUACACAAAUGUGCCUUCUGCAAUCUUUUUAAUUUGAGAAGCCUGGACCUUCAAGCUAACAAGAUAAAGAAUUUGACAGUUGGUGUUUUUGAAAAACUUGCCCAACUUGAAACCUUGAAUCUAUCACAGAAUAAGAUUAAGAUGAUAGGAUCAAGGUGCUUUGUUGGAUUGGACAACCUCAAAACUCUUCAGAUUUCCCAUAUUUCUUCCAUCAUCUACUUUGAUGAACUAGUUUUCGACACACUGAAAAAUCUGAUCAAACUGGAACUGUAUGACAGCUCUCAUUUAUCUCACCAGGUGCUUAGAUCUACUGGAGUCCUUCAUGCCCUACAUAAUGUUAGAGAACUAAAUAUCAUGCACAAUGACCUAACCAGUUUGAGAUCUGACUUCCCUUCUUUCUUCCCUAACUUAGAGAUUAUCAAAAUGAGUGGUAACAAAUGGCACUGUAAUCAAUCUAUUUUGUGGUUACAGAAAUGGAUCACUACCUCACACAUCCAAUUUUACCAGAGUUAUGAUGUUUACUGUUCUUCUCCUCUUCAACUUCAAUUUAAGCCAAUUAUGCUUCUAACAGAAAAAGACCUCACAAUCAUACUGAAUGAAACAUCUAAAAUGGAGACAAAAAAUGAUAAUCUGGAGAAAGAUGAUGUGAAAUUAUAUGUAACAGCAACACAAUUCCCAUUAACCACAAACAAAUCUUCAGGAAUGUUUGUACCAGUGUAUGGUACACAAAUGUCAGUCAUGGUGAACAAAAGCCAAUCUAGAAUUUGGAUGACAUCUAAUAAAUCAAACCUUCCAGGCAAUUCAGAAGCACAAUUAAACACCACAGAAAUAAAAUCUUACAAUGAAACUCUCAACUCACAAUACAUUCUAUCUUCAGGUAAUAUUGAUAUUCAUAAUAUGGAUGCUAAUACAACAAAUGCUCAAACAAUAAAUACCAGUUCAAAGAUAAUUCAAGCUGAUAAUCUUACAGGUGGAAUUGAAAAUACCUUAAGUUCAGAUAACAUUAGUAACAUAUCUGCAUUACUUGCAGAAAGUUUAGAAUUAACCAACUUUGCACUACAAAUAUACAACACAACUGAAAGUUUUUACAAUUAUAUAACAAAGCAUGAAAAAAUUUCAUCUCACAAGAAACUGUACAACUCCUCAAUUUUCAGUGCUCAUGUUCAGGUCCACAAAAUAUCUAGUAAUCCAACAAUGGCUCUAAACAUUUCAUUUUCAAUAGCUGGGGGUUGCAUUUUUGUAAUUUUAGGAUUUGUAGCAUUAGUCUCUAUAUAUCGACACUGGAAGUUCUCUUUUAAUGAUAAGCAAUGUCAACUUCAGAGAAACAACAGCAUUUCAUACAGUCCACAAAAAGAUGAGGUUUCUAUUCUCACAGUAACUGAAAAUACAACAAGACAAAAAAAUGGCCCCAAUCAUGAACUAGGAAACAAACUGUAUGAUGUUAUGGUGAACAUUGAUGAGUAUCAAGAUCCAGCAACAGCAGUUUUUCCCUAUCUUCAGUUUCAGGAAUUACUUCCUCAGACUUUGGAUGAAAAUGGACAUAUUCUCAUAUGAGAUUCCAAGCAUGCAGGUCCAUGAUACACAUGACUUUUAUGUACUGACUUGUCUUUUCAUGUUACCUACUCCACUGGAACAAGGUGAGACAUCUUUCACUACAUCUGUGUAGUGUUGUACCAUUUUCAAGAAGCCCAAAGUGCCAGAAUUAUAACUUUGAGGGAAACUAAUAACUAAAUAAGCCACCAAAGAUGGAAUAAUGGUACUAGUACUGUCCUGCUAAACCAUUUCAAUAUCUAUGGUAUUUUUUACAUAUAUAAAUAGUAUUUUCACAAUAUGUAAAAAAAACCUCUCCACAUGAAAGCUAUACACAUUAUUUAGCACAAUACAGCUGAUAAACAACAAAUUUUAAAAUCUUCAGUUGAGUGAGGAGUUUAUGCAUGUAUGAAGUGUACAUUUUAUGCUAGUACAUAAUUCCUUAAGCUCUUUCCUUUCACAGUAUGUAAAUGGGCAUUUUUGAAGAUGAUUCUCAGAAUUCAUAAAAUUAGCAAGGUACAUGGGCAUCUGCAGAAAUUUUGCCAGGGAGGUACGUGGGGUGGGGGCAAAGUAUUGUGAAUUGAAUAAAAAAUUCAUAUACAUAUGCUGAAUGAAUAAAGAAAGAAUUAUGUUUCUCAUUUUCCAGGUGGGGCAAGUGCCCCCUCCCCUACAUGUUGAUUGCCCAUGACAAGGUAUAAGACAUACGAAAAUUAACCAGUCUGGGAUGUAGCUCAUGCUAAAAGUUCAUAAACAGUUGAUCUAGUGCCCCAAAGAAAGCUGGUAUUAACAACAUCCCAGUUGCUGUUACAUUAGAAUGUCUCAGUAAAAAAAAAUCAUUAAUUACUCAUAUACUUAAUCUCAUGGUAAUUUUUUUUUAUUUUGAUGGACAUGUAAUUAAAUAUCACCAGCAAAAAAAAAUAAAAACGGUUGUGCCAAAGACAAUAUUUUUCGUGAAUAAAUUUAAAAUGAAAUAAGACCCAACUUUUUAGGUUUUUCAAAAAACAAUUUCUCUUUGGAGCCAAAGUACAAUGUUAUGUUUUGUCUUCUUUUCAGUAUUCUCAAUACUGUUUACUUUAAGUAAUAGUGGUAAGUUUAAAUAUUCACAUAUUUGAAAAAAACAAUACUCUGCGCAGACUCAGAUUUUCUUUUUCAAAUUUAGUAUGCUGAUGAAAUAUGUGAUGGAUAAUAUGUGCUAGCAAAUUACUCUGCUUGAUAUUAAGUAGGUUGUCAGUGUUAUCCUAAUGAAAACUUAAUGAAGAGAAAAUACAAAUAACAAAAAUUAUAUGAGACCAUUUUUUUGUCUCUUGUGUGAAUGGGUUCAUUCGUUGAAUAAUUUAUUAUCACUAAUUUAAAAUAAUUAUUUAUUCGUAUAGGUCAAUAAAAUACUUGUUCCUUUUAGAGCUAUUUUAUUUCUGUUCAAAAUAAACAACAGUGAAAUGUCAUUUAAAGCUUUAUUAUUGAAACAAAUAUAUUUUUCUACAUGUUUCGGUCACGUUUCUUAAGGCAACCCUAUGACGACCCGAAACAAAUGACUAAACCACAUAGCAAAAUAUCUUUGUUUUUGCAAUUAUAAGCAAUUGUGGUUUAAAUUAUGUAUUACUUUCAGUAAUUAA